UCAGGUGACAAGUUAAAGGCACACCUCGAGCAACCUUUGCACAACAUGCCUCCAUUUUAUACCUUUGGAAACACGGACUUGUCCGAGUGCUAAAAUGUGAUUCUUGAAGCUUUUCCUCUCUGUAAUAUUUUGAGAGACUGAAGGACCAAAGCGCUGGAGACAGUAGAGGAUGAGCUCUGCAGCUUAUUCCCUGUGUAUGCUCUUCAGUCUCUGGGGCUCAUCUUUAUGCCAUACACUCCUAACCGUGGGACCCUGUGUGGGUGAUACAGAGAAGGCCACCUUUGAUUGCAGCAGACGUAAGCUUACAUCUGUACCCCAGCACAUAUGGGCAAAUGUGACUGAGCUGGACCUCUCUGAGAACCACCUACAUUUAUUACACACUAACGCCCAGAGGAAAUUGAGGCACUUAGGCCAUUUGAUCAAGCUCAAUUUAUCAGGGAAUGACCUCCCCCUGCUGGUAAAGCAGAGCUUCUACCUCUUCCCCUCUCUGGAAAUACUGGAUCUCAGUGGAUGCAAGGUGGCUGCAAUUGAGACCGGGGCCCUGCUUAACUUUCCCAGACUGCGAAAGUUGUUUCUAAGUAUCAGUGAUCUACGAACCCCGAUGUCUGCUGUACUUCAAGGUCAUGAAUGGGUUGACGUUAUAGAUCACACCAGUAAUCAAGCAAGUGACAGAACCAAAGACUUCAACAUGGCCAGCCAUAGUUUAUUCCUACGUAAACUACUGACUGAAAGCUUGGAGAACAUGAUCAAUGCAACAGAUGCCAAUGAUAAAAAACCUUCAGACAGCUGGAAGUACCUUGUGGCAGUUCUGGUGAUAGCCAUCAGUCUCUCUGUGCUCAUUGCCAUUGGUGCAAAGUGUAAAAUCUUCCAGCGAUAUUUGGCAAGCUACAGACACUCCAGGCUCAGUGAAGGAGAUGGUGCAAGUCAAUGUGACCCUGCAAGUUUUGAGGUGGGAUUCUCCAGCCGAGGCAACAUCCCUAAUUCAGAUACGGUACAUGGAAACCUGGAGGAUGAUGAUGGAUUCAUUGAAGACAAUUACAUUCAAGCAAGUGAGCGGGAAAGAGCAGAGCGAGAGGCUAAACACUGGCAGGAGGAUGAUGAGGAUGAGGACAUGGAAGAGUUCAGCAUUGGAUAAACAAAAACAUGAGCUGAGUAUGAGAUGUAAGUGGGACUGUAUUUUUAAUCUCAUUCCAACCCACAACUGAAGAAAUUCUGAUCAAUUCUGCCUGUUCCUGCAGUUCAUAUUGUUUGCACUCGCAUGUGAAAUUUUUCUGAUGAACUAAGUUGUCAAAAUAUUAACAAAUAUUUAACCAUUAUGAUCCUUACCAGGAUAAACCAGUUACUGAUGAUGAAUGAAUGAAAGCAGAAAAUGUCACACAGCACAGGGCAACAACGUAAGCACCACACAAUCGCUGUAUAUGAUCUUUUGUUGAUGUUAACAAGCCUUUCAGUAUCCCGUGAGUUUCAUAUCUGACCACCCACAAUAAUGUGAAAACUUGUUGCUGUAUAAGAGCCCAGGCACCUUGCACCCCCAUUUAGUGUGAGGUUUUCUUCCAUAAGAUGGAAUAUAAUAACUCGCAGCAGGACCUGAUUAAACUACAAAUGACCUAUAAUGAUACUAUAAUGAUUUCUAUAUUUUAACAUUAAUAUUUUGUGUAAUGAUUUAAUGACCUUCACUCCAUAUUAGCAUGUAUUGUUGUUUUUUAGUCUACAUUAAUAAAAGCGAUGUCGCCAUAUAUUCGCUGA